AUGGACACAGUAUGUAGGCAACCCGAGGCAGCGACAGUCGACUCCGGGUACAUGACAUCACUUCCGGCGCCUUACCCCACACUAUGGUCGGCAAUGCUUCAGCCGCUUUCGGCGUCGGACUCAGACUUCGCACACGACGUCCUGUUAGCAUCCAAAUUUCAACUCAAUCUGUCUCUUCAUCGAUUGAUACGAUACCAGAAACCACGAUCCACGUACAAGAAUUAUGUCUGUUACAUCUCCAUCUGCGAAGCGAACGAGACGGCCAAGGAUGUCUCCUACAACCUCGUCUACUGGCCUGGCGUUCCCGGGCGGGGAGAGCAUGUUCGCCUCGUCCUUGAAGAAGCUGGAGCCUCAUACACAGACACAGCAGCAGCUGAGAAUGGAGUCGACGAGGUGUUGAAGCAUACCGCCGACACCAACACAGGAGACGCCUCGAAUCCUCCUCCUUUCGCACCGCCAAUCCUGAUACACGGCGACCUUCUCAUCGCACAGGUGCCCAACAUUCUCCAGUAUCUCGGAGUCCGUCACGGCCUAGCCCCCAAGCCCGGAGAUGAGAAUGACGGAGUUUAUCACGUCAACCAGCUGGCUCUAACGGCUCUAGAUGGCCUGAGCAACGAGGUCCACGACACACAUCACCCCAUCGCUAUGGGCCUCACUUAUGAGGACCAGAAGGAGGAAUCGAAGAAAAGGGCAAAGGAUUACGUUGAAACCAGACUUCCUAAGUUCCUUGGCUACUUUGAGCGCGUGCUGAAGGGUGAGGCCAGUGGAGAGGGACCGUGGCUAUAUGGCGGAUCGCUCACGUACGCUGAUCUGGUCUUAUUCCAGUGCAUUGACGGCGUCAAAUUCGCCUUCCCCAAGGCAUUGACCAAACUGCAGGACAGUAACAAAUACAAUGGAGUUUUCAAGCUCUACGAUGCUGUCAAGGAACGCCCCAACAUCAAGGAAUACCUUUCAAGUGAGAGAAGGCAGAAGUACGCAGACGGCAUCUACAGGCACUACCCAGAGCUCGACUCAGAGUAG